UUUGAGUUUGGGAACUCUUAAGAAUGGAGCCAAGUCUGACUCAACCUGCACCAGUAAUAUCAUUACCAGUUGUUCCUUCAGAUGACACUUUUUAUUACAUAGCCGUGAAAGGCUCCUUGCAUGCUAGCGAUUGUAAUAUAUUUGGAUUGUCCAAAGAUGAACAUCAGGCAAUCUGCGAUCGAUUUCUUUGUUCAUCAAUGGAAGUAGUAAAUGGAUCUAUAAUUAAAGGACAUUGUAUUGCAGUGAUUAAUGCUUUAGCUGAAUUAGGGUAUCGUGUUGUUUCUACUACUGGUGAAGCUGAAGUCGUUUGGACAUUGCAAAGAGAACUCUAGCUUGUGAUUCUGCACAGUGUGUUUUGCAUAUUCUGUAAAGAAUUAAAACUAAUAAUUUAAAUAAAAAUAUCUAACCUUUAUAUAUAUAUAUUAUUGUAUUAAUCCAGAAGUAUUCUAAAGCCAGUACUAAUAAAAU